AAAGAAAAUUUCCUAAAAUGGUAACCUAUAAAACUCCAUCAACAAACUCUCUUGUUUGGCCUUUUGCCAAUUUCAGUGAAGGAGAAGACAAAUACAAUUUUUCAACAAUGUUUGGUGAUAAAAAAUUCAAAGACACAAACUCUUUAGAACAAUUUCAGGGGGUGGGGGUGGAGUGGAUGAAGUGUGAACAAAAUGGCAGCAGUUGAAGAUGGAAAUGGGGGUGAGAUAUGGAAAGCCCAUGGUGCAAUGGUUUUGGUACAGCUUUUCAAUGGUGGUUACCAUGUGAUUACUAAAGUGGCUCUUAAUGUGGGCAUGAAUGAAAUUGUCUUCUGUUUGUAUAGAGAUCUUAUUGCUAUAGCUAUUCUUGCCCCAAUUGCCUAUUUCCGUGAAAAGAGGUCAAGGCUUCCUUUGAGUAAACGACUACUACUGUCAUUCUUCAUUUUAGGAUUAACUGGUAUUUUCGGUAACCAACUGUUGUUCCUUAUUGGACUUGGCUACACAAAUCCGGCUUACGCUGCUGCGUUGCAACCUGCCAUACCAGUCUUUACGUUCAUACUUUCUGUACUUAUGGGUACAGAAACUGCGAAGCUUCUUACUAUGGAAGGUCAGGCAAAAGUUGGAGGUACCAUUGUUUGUGUUUCUGGGGCGAUUUUGAUGGCUGUAUUCCGUGGUACAGCGGUGUUUGGAGACGGCACAUCAGACUUCACAGCACAGAUUGAGAUAAGUGCUAAGGGUCAACCAGAGCCUGCUGGAUGGCUAAUGUCUAGUCUUCUGGAGUUGGGAUUUGAUAAUUGGCACCUAGGCGUCUUAUGCUUGAUAGGAAACUGUAUGUGCAUGGCAGCAUACAUAGCUUUUCAGGCUCCAGUUUUGAGAGAAUACCCGGCAAGCUUAUCAUUGACAGCAUAUUCUUACCUUUUUGGCGUUAUACCAAUGAUAGGGACGUCAUUCCUUGUGACCAAUGGAUCAACAGAUUGGUAUUUGACACAAUCUGAAGUUGGUGCUGUGUGCUAUGCUGGAAUUAUUACAUCAGCGCUGAACUAUGGACUUACUACUUGGUGCAAUAAGGUUAUUGGCCCUGCUUUAGUUUCUUUAUACAAUCCGCUUCAACCUGCUGCAACAGCAAUUUUGUCUAGUAUUUUUCUUGGGAGCGCUAUUUAUCUGGGAAGCAUUUUGGGAGGACUUCUCAUUAUAGCAGGGCUUUAUUUAGUAACUUGGGCAUCUUACAGAGAGAAACAGGCAGCCAUGGGAACUAUAACUCAUGAUCCGCGGAUAACGGAUCCCUUAAUCCCAUAUCAGAUAGGACCUAAUUCCUCUGUUCCUUCUUCCUCAAUGCCAAAGAUCAGUGAUUAGAUGUUGCCACAGAUAUCCUUUGCAUGUCCUAUUCUUCAUGAUAAUGUGUAUUUCAGUGCUAAGAAGAAUGCUAAAUAUGUAUUGCAGUCAUGCCUCCGUCACUCGAUUAUAGAGGGUUGGAACCCUCUAUCUGAAAGUUCUCUUUAUGCAAUGAUGGGAUGAUUGAAAUUUAAGGCUAGUUUGUCAACUUUGACAUUUGCGAGAAUGCUUGGUCAAAUAAUAAGAUUAACAACACAAUUUUUAGAUUGUGCAAUUCAGCUAAUCUAUCUUGAUAAUAUUGAUGAGUUUA